AUGUAUUUCAAAGAUCAAAAAGGGAAUCAAGAAGUCAAAAGAAUAUUAGAUAAUACAGAUAAUGAGAAGUCAAAAAACAAUAAAAAAAAAUGUCAUUAUAAAUAUAGCAGUAAUGAAGAAUUUAGCAAUAGUUUGGAUAAAAACAAUGAUACUGAAAUUGAAGAAUUCAGAGGGCCAUUAGAUUCUAAUGUUGUACAUGAACUUUCAAGAACAAGGCAAUCAAAAUUUGAUUACUUACUUUUGAAAAUGAUAAUUACUCUUCUUACUUGUAAGCAAUUAAGUGAAAAAAUUUUAAAUAAGGCAGUUGAUGAAUUUAUGACAAAAAUUAAAGAAACUGCAAAAAAAGAUAUAGUUGGCAUUACUUUAACCCUAGAUAGUUGGACAAAUGUGAUUAAUCAAAAUUUAUUAGGAAGUGUUUUGAUUACUUCUGUACAAGAUGUUAGUAGUAAAAGAUCAUGGGCUACAGAUAUUAUUCUAAAAGUUGAAGAGUUAUUUAAUGAUUUAGAAUCAGAGAAAAUUAAAGUCAUAGCUCUGAUAACAGAUAUUGCUAAAUAUGAACCACAUAAUUAUGAUUCAAGUGAUGAAUCUUUUGAACUUCAAGAUACUUCUAACUUGGUUCUGCCAAGCAAAAUAUGUAAUAUUAUUAAUGAUGAUAAUUGGUGGCGACAAAUAAAAAUAUUACAUUUAUUUGGCUAUUUGUUCAAAAUAAUUAAAGAAUAUCCUGAUAUUCAUCUUAGUCAAUGA